AUGAAUGAACCUCAGCAUUCAGAUGAUCUUCUGCAGAAACACAAACAUCCACAGACAGAUGAACUUCAAGAGAAAGAAGACUCUCCAAAGACAAAUGAACUUUCUCAGACAGAAGAAUGUCCAAAGGAUGAAGCUCAGCAGUCAGCUGAAAAUCUACAGAAACAUGAGCCUCCACAGACAGAUGAACUUUCAAAGAAGGAAGAAACUCCAAAAUCAGAUGAAUCACCACUAACAGAAAAAACUCCUAUGACAGACGAACCCCAACAAACAGACAGCUCAUCGGAAACAGAAAAAAAUCCUCGGGCUACAGAUUCACCUGAAAACAAAGACAAGUGUGCAACAGUAAGCAGCCCCAGUGAGCAACUGACUGAAGGUUUUGAGUCAAACAACUUUAUCAAGGCAGAAAAUGAAGAAAUUGGACAAGGAGCACAUCAAAACCCACAGCAAGAAAAACCUGAACAAGACAAAAGAGAGCAACUAUUUCAGAGACUUCAUCUUCACAGAAACAACAAACUGACAGCUGCACAUAUUCUGCAGAUAUCUAAACAUUCAUUACAGUCACAUGAGUCUUGUGCUGAGAAGGAGCUGGUACAGAGUUUCCUACAAAAACUACUGAUGAUGAACUACAGAGCAAGAUAUAUCAGUACAAAUAAAACCAAAGAACAGGUGCAAAUGCAGCAAAUAGAUCAAGAAUUGCCUGAAGAUGAGGGUGACUUUUUUGAUUUUGUUGUGCAAAACAACCAUUUGCCAAACACAGAAUUAAGUCACUCUGAGAGAAUUCACCCGAUGGACAUUCAGAUGGCUGUGUUUCAUUGUGCUGAUGCCUUCCUAAAGCAGAUGAUGGUCACUAAACUGUCCCAGUGUCAGUACGCUCUGCCUCUGCUUGUUCCUGAUCCAGAAACACAACAGAUCGAGUUUCCUCUUUGGACAUUCAGGCAAAUCAACAAGAGUUGGAAAAAAAAAAAAGACAAUGAAAUCAUCAGUCAAUCCCAGCCAAUCUACAAUGCACAAACUCCAAUGGUGUUUUUCUUCAGGUUUGGCUCAGUGGCUUCAUCCAAGUCUCAUCUGAUGAACAGCCUGAUCAAUGAGAAACACAACACUUUCUUCCACAGGAACUGCCCAGGCAGCAGCAGAUCCAGAGUUCUGAUGGAUGGAGUGGUGGAGAUCGCCUGGUUCUGCCCUUCUGGGAAAGACACUGAUAAAUUCAAUAACUGUGUGGCCUUCUGUAAUCUACAUGGAGAUGCAGGAGAACAUGAGAAACAGAUGAAGAUCCUCACAGAAAUGGCCUCAGUCAAUGUGGUUCUUCUGCCACAACUUCAGAAAAAUGACAAAAUUACAGCACAAAUCCAGAACUUGUUUAGAACAACAAAGUCACUCAUUUGCGUUUUUACUGAGGAUAAAUCUCCCCUAACUGAAAUAAAGAAAUGGAAAUUCAAAAUUGGUUUAAAAAACAGAAAUCAGUCAGAUGUAUCUGAAGAAAUGCGAAGAGUUAUAAAUGACUGUCUCUCAGAAUUUUCUUCCACUUUUAGACCUGUAGAUUUAUCUAAACGCUCAGACAUCAGAGUAGAUGAGGAAGAUGGAGACUGCUUGAGAGGAAGAGAAGCAGCACAGAAGAUGAUAAGUUUACUUGAAAAUGAAAAACUGACAGAAAUCAAAGAAUCAUUUCUGCCUCAUCAGGGGAAACUGUGGCAUCAGUGGAGUCAGAAGAACAAAGAACUACACCGACCUCAAGGAGAUGAACCAGGAAUAGACAUCAGUCGAAAACUAAAAAAAAUAAAGGAAAUCCGUCAACAACAACAUAAAUCUGACAUCUGCGAUUUUAUGAAGCUCUUUAUUAAAGACACAAGCUCACAUAAUGCAAAAAAUGUGUUUUUUCUUAAAUGGCUCAGAAUCCUUUUGGAUGAACAUACAUCAGCUGACCUUUCUGCUCUUCAUCACAAAUAUGAUAAAAAGUGGUCAGCAAUUGUAAAGCUAAAAGAGGACCAUGUUGAAUGUGAACAAUUCAAAACUGAACAAGCAGAACUUGAGAGAAUAUCUCAAGAUCUUCAAGCUGCAGCAUUUGGACUGGAGCACAUCAUGAGGGAGAUCGGUCAAAUCUAUGAAUCAUGUUCAUCUGUGAAGGAGAACAAAAAAGAUCUUCCAGUUCACUUCUCUUCUCUCCCGAGUCUUGCAGCAGACAUGAUGAUCUCUGGGUUUCCACUUGAGUUGAUGGAUGGAGAUGCUGCUCAUGUUCCUGUAAUCUGGAUCUCUGCUGUACUGGAUCAACUCGUCCAGAAACUUGGAGACCAGAAAGUCUUUGUGUUGUCAGUUUUAGGGAUUCAGAGCUCUGGGAAAUCCACCAUGCUGAAUGCCAUGUUUGGACUCCAGUUCGCAGUGAGUGCUGGCAGAUGCACCAGAGGAGCUUUCAUGCAGCUGGUCAAAGUGUCUGAUGAGAUGAAAACACAAUUUAAGCUGAAGUUUGACUAUAUUCUGGUUGUUGAUACUGAAGGCCUCCGUUCUCUUGAACUGGCUGGAAAACCAACAAGACAUCAUGACAAUGAACUGGCCACAUUUGUUGUAGGUCUUGGAAAUCUGACCUUGAUCAACAUCUUUGGAGAAAACCCCUCUGAGAUGCAGGACAUUCUUCAGAUUGUGGUUCAGGCCUUCAUGAGGAUGAAGAAGGUCAGACUGAAUCCCAGCUGUGUGUUUGUGCAUCAGAACGUUUCAGACGUCACAGCUGGAGAGAAAAACAUGGAGGGAAAGAGAAAACUACAGGAGACACUGGAUGAGAUGACAAAACUUGCUGCUGAAGAUGAAGUCUAUGAUGCUGAACGUUUCAGUGACGUCAUUGCAUUUGAUGUUCAGAAUGAUGUGAAGUAUUUUGCUCAGCUCUGGGAGGGCAGUCCACCAAUGGCACCACCAAACCCAGAUUACUGUGAAAAUAUUCAAGAGCUGAAAAAAACUAUUAUGUUUCACGCCUCAAAGUCACAAGGAAUGUUGCUGACACACUCAAAAGAUCGUAUUAACGAUCUCUGGGAGGCUUUACUGAAUGAACGAUUCGUCUUCAGCUUCAAAAAUUCACUGGAGAUUUCAGCUUACAGAAAACUGGAGACUGAAUAUGGUAAAUGGUCAUGGAGUCUCCGCAAUGCCAUGAUAGAAACUGAGCACAAACUUCACAACCAAAUAGAAAAUGAUACAAUUCUUGAGGUAAAGGAAACUGAUCUUAAAAGUAAACUUAAGAAGACACAUGAAGAAGUGAGAAAUUCAAUGGCACAUUUUUUUGAGAAAGACUCGGAUGCUGAAAUACUGAUCCAGUGGAAAACAUCAUUUGAAAUCAAAAUCAAUGAGCUUCAGGAGAACAUUGUGAGAGUAACAAAGAGGAAACUAAAUGAGGUUCUUCAGCAGCGAGAGCUGAGGAAAGACAUUGAUGCUCAGAAGAUUAAUCACGAAAACACACUUUUAGAAAAGAGCAAAGAACUGGCCUUAAAUCUCAAACAGAAAGCAAAUGAUGAAGAAACAUUGAAGAGAGAGUUUGAUUUGUUUUGGGAAAAGAGUGUCACAAAGAUCAUCACAGACACUCCAACAGUCAAAGACAUUGACAUAAUGACAGAUGUGAGCGAGAUCCUCCAUAACCUCUAUGAAAGCAUUUCUGUGCAGAAGUACAAUAAUAUUUUUUCUCUACAGAGAAAAAAAUCGUAUUCAGAUUAUGUACAGUUGAAAAAAUCCAGUGGAUUUAAGGGGCAAUGUCAAGAUACUUUUAGAUUAGUAAAAAAGGGGCUUGGUUUUGAUACUCUAUCAAAAGAGGAUGAAGCUCAAAUAAGAUUGUUAGUCGACAAUGUUGUUCAGCAGACAGAUACAAUGAUUCAGUCAUUUAACAUUUCAAAGAUGGGUUACAAUAUCAGCUGCAUUCAGCAACUCACAGAUUACAUAAAAAACAGAGUUUCAGAACAUCAAAAAGGAGCAGUGAAUUAUGUGUUCAAGAAUGAAUUCUUCAUGGAUUUGAUAUUCUCUAUUAUUCAGAGAGCACAGGAAACAAUCACUGGCCAACACGAACUGUUCAGAGAAGCCAAUGAUCCUGUCAUAUACUUUAAGAAGAAGAGAGAAGAUUACUAUAGUAUUUUCCAGAAAUACUGUCAUGGAGCAACAUCAGCUGCCAUUUUUGGAGAGAUCAUCUGUCAGAAACUCAAAGAGCCAAUUGAGCAGAGCGUCUACAAGAAAACUGCAAGGGAUUUAGCAGAUGAAAUGAUAACAAACUGUGUAUCACUGAAUGGAAACAGAUCAAAUCUGGAGAAACACAUCCUGAAGACACUGGCAGAAGAGGAGGAUUUUGGCAAAUACAUGGAGUACAUUCAAAAUACCAAAGAUUACUUCAAAAGUUUCAUCAGAGAUGAAGUCAGUCGGUACAUCAGUGAUAAGUUCAGCAUCAGUGUUUUACCCAAAAUGAAGAAGAACAUUGAACUCCUGCAGGAGAAGAUCAUGAACGCAGCACAUCAAUCUACAAAACAUGCUCAAGUCAACAGUGGAGAUGCUGGUUUGUGGUUGACCAGUUUCACACAGCAGCUCUCAGAUCAGCUGAUCUUCUCUGAAAAAGACUUCAGUGGAGUCAAACAUGAUAAUGGUGAUGUAAAUCUCUUAGAAGAUGUGAUAAAUCAAGAACUUCCUGAUAUAAUGUCUAAGACCAGCACAGGAUUCAGUGAGACAUAUGGUGAAAAACUAGAUGUCAAGUUCAGGCCAGAUGAGAUUCUGAUUGAUCACUUCUGUCAGUGUUGUUGGGUUCAGUGCCCAUUCUGUGCCGCCACCUGCACAAACACCAUAGAAGACCAUGAUGGAGAUCACAGUGUUCCUUUCCACAGAGUAGAUGGAAUUAAUGGAUUGAGUUACUUUCUAACAAACAAUCUCAGUGUGGAUAUUUGCACAAAUUUAGUGGCAAGUGAUGCAGUGUUUAUAUGCAUUAAAGGAAUAUUUCUAUUUAAAGAAUACAGACAAGCAGGAGAAGAUUAUGCAAAGUGGAGCAUCACUCCUGACCUCUCUGAACUGCCCUAUUGGAAGUGGUUUGUGUGGAGAUUCCAGGAAGAUCUAGAAAAGCACUACAAUGAAACAUUCCAGGAAAACGCUGAGAUUCUAACUGAAUGGAAAAACAUAACAAAACAGGAUGCUAUUGAGAGUUUGGAAAAAUACAUUGGAAGUAGAGACCUGCACUCCCGCGGGAGUACCACAGAACCUGCGGGAUCCAUUGCGCCGAGUGCGACACAGGACAAAAUUUAAUGGAUGAAUCAGGGUGCGGGCACAAAGGUCCUCAUAUAUGUGCGGGUUUCGGAA